AUGAGACAUGCACACAAUACCUUCUUCCAUGUGGCACACGGGUUCGGUUUCGAUCCCAAAACAAACGACUACAAGGUUGUGAACAUUGUAGUGGGUGCAUAUUUUUUCUUGAAGGAAUAUGAAAAGCUCAGUGUUCAAGUGUACAACCUUCGUUUCGAUUCAUGGAAAGAGGUUAAUGUUGGUGUCCUUGCUAGAUACAUAGCUAAGUCCAUGUUUAAUGCUUAUCUGAAUGGAGCUUAUCAUUGGUUAGCUGAAUCUGAUAAUGUUGAAUUUGUGCUAUGUUUUGACAUGAGUGAUGAUGUGUUUUGGAAAAUGAACCUUCCCCAAGUUAUAUCUCAGGAGGAUAACAACAAAUUUUACAUUAGGCAUUCAAAUAUUGUUGUAUUGAAUGAUCGUGUUGGUUAUGUUAGGGAGCACAUACGUUCUGAAUUUCAUUUUGAGAUUUGGAUGAUGAAUGAUUAUGGCGUGGAAGGUUCUUGGGUGAGAAUAUUUAACCUUGCCCGUGGACCUUGUCCUGAAAUUCUUUUGGAGUUCUGGAAUAAAUACGAUGAAGAUAUUUUUGUACUAGGAGGAGAUGAGUAUCAACCGUUGGUUUUGCACAAGAUUGGUAAACAAGAGGUGGUGAAAGAGUUUCCUCUUCGCUUAGGAAUUGAGAAUCGUGCUUUUAAAUAUGUGGAAAGUCUUGUUCCUCUAUCUGGUUUGGUUCAUGAGGAAGCUUGA